GACGUUCGAGACAGAGAGAACUGGUGAAUACCUUGCAUGAAAACCGACUGGCUUUCUCAGAUUUCAAGGUCAUGGCUCGUCUUUCAGUUUCAAUUGAGCGGCAUCCACCCUGGUGAAAGGAAGACGUUCACAGAGCUUGAGAGCAGCUGCCGAUAAGUCUUUGCAACAAGCUGAGCUGCGGGUCUCUUGAAGAGGCGGUGGAGAGGGAUUGCGUGCACGCAGCUCAUUGUGGGUGGCGAACUUGGAGGGCAUUUGUUGACCAGUUUGUUGAGGAAUCUUGAGAGGAGGGGCGGUAAAGCAUGGAGCAGGGCAGUUAUUCGGAGCAAUCCAGUCCAGGGUCCCAGGGAGACCGGCACAUAGUUAAGGUGCAAAACCAGCCGCACGAUGAGGAGUUUGCUCUCAGCGAAGAGGAAAGUUCAGAAGAUGGAGGCUCCGAGAUUGCUCCACAGCCCAUGGCUCAGAGCAGGCAAAAUAGCAGGGGCAGCAUGCAGAGCAGGGGCAGCAUGCAGAGCCCCCACUCUCAGGUGCACGAGAGGGACAGCUCCGACGGCGGCUACUCGCAAGCGCCGCCGCAGGGCCAGCGGUCCAGCAGUGCAGCUGGUUCCCAACGGCCAAGCAAUGGAAGGCCAUCCGGCUCCGCCUAUCGAGCCCCCAGUUCCGGAACGGAACCGAGCGAAGAUCGACACGAACCGGACACGGCGGAACAGUCCGAAGAGUCCGAAGAGUCCGAAUCAGAGGACGAGGAGUCCAGCCCAGUGGGACCCCCCGGAGCCGCCCGGUUGUAUAACCAGGCAGAGUACGAGCAUCUGCAGGUGACGGAGGAGAUCCGGGACCUGUUCCAGUACAUCGGGCGGUACAAACCGCACAACAUCGAGCUGGAAACCAAGCUAAAGCCGUUCAUUCCCGAAUACAUCCCGGCAGUGGGAGACAUCGAUGAAUUCAUCAAAGUACCGCGGCCGGACGGGCAUCCGGACUUCUUGGGUCUCAAGGUGCUAGACGAGCCGGCCGCACAGCAGAGCGAUCCGACGGUGCUGAACCUGCAGCUGCGCGCGCUGUCCAAGCAGUCCAACCUGCAGCCUAUGCCGGUCUCCAGCAUCGAGGCCGCAGACAAGAACCCGAAAAAGAUCACGGCUUGGAUCCACAGCAUCGACGAUUUGCACAAGAGCAAGCCCCCGCCGCAUGUCAACUACUCCAAGCCGAUGCCUGACAUCGAGAAGCUGAUGCAGGAGUGGCCGCCCGAGUUCGAGGACCUGCUUGAAAAAGUGCAGCUGCCGAACGCGGACCUAGACGUGGACCUCCGAACGUUUGCUCAGAUCGCCUGCGCGCUUCUUGAUAUCCCCGUGUACAGCAAUCUGGUCGAAUCCUUGCACGUCAUGUUCACUCUCUUCAUCGAGUUCAAGAAUAAUCCCCAUUUUGGGGCUGCUUCGAAUCAAGCAGAGUGGGCCGCUCAAACCUGAUUGUGGCCCGUCGUCAUUUGGAUAUUGAUGGAUCACUCAGCUCCAAACGUUAGUGCACGAUUGCGGCGUCGCGACUCAAACAUGUGAGAUUAGAUGACCGGUCCACUGACAGUAUUUGCCAGCAAUUGAAUGUACCGCAAUCUGCAAAAUCUAGUCAUUGAGUUGAGGACAAAGUCUUACCAUCUUUGGCCCGGCCGAGCUGGCGAUCCAGCUCGUCAAGAGUGAUGAAGUAUUUGGACUUGCUAGAUGCAAUUGCCGACAACUUUAUAGGCAGUAAUACGAGGAUCCCGCUAUACCUCUAUGAGAUAUUUACCGUAGCUCGAUCUUAGAAUUAUGCUCAGCGUAUGAUAACGUUUUACCAAUCCAACCAGGGGCGAUGACGGUAUGUAUACCGGACUUGAUACGAUCUAUAUGGCGAUGGUAAGAGGAAACAGUAAUCAUUGAUGAUCACCGGUUCGUCUUUCAUCGCUAUCUGAUGUGGAGGCGGCCCAGCAGUG